AACUGUAGUCAACUAUAGCCACCAGCAGCCAUGGCAAGCGUGAUGUCGCGACGGCUUUCUCUUUAGCAGUUUACUUAUGUUAUUUGGCAAGUUUAUGGUAUAAAUAACGGUUCCUUGCGCAGGAAGAGGUGUAGGUCUCAAUAAUGCUCUUGUUCAGCUCGCUGAGGCACAGCUCCACGAGGCUUGCUGCCCUAGUGAGGAUAUCGACGGCUGGAAAAUGCACUACAGGAGUAUCCAGGUCCUCAAACUUAAAAUUCUCCUUCGAGGGCCUUUCCUCUGUAAUGGCAUCACCUAAUACAGCUGCCAUACCCAAGGUCAUUUAUGUUCCACCAGCGUUAAAGCAACCAGUGGAGCUUCCAACAUUAAGGUCGUCCAUGGAAUACAAUUUACCGUCUAUUGUGAAGCCCUCCAGCGUGAUUGGGGACGUGCGAACUAUCAUUGCUCCAACCACAGAUAUUUCGAACCAGAUAGAAAAGUCCGAUCCUUCAGUGUCAACAGUCACAAAGCAGGCUGCAGAGUUAGUUCAAAUCCGAAAGCGCAAGAUGAAGAAGCACAAGCUACAAAAGCUGAGAAAACGGAUGCACUUUGCAUGGGCCAAGCGCCGCUUCCGUCGGUUGAAAAAGAAGGAACAGGUGUUCAGGGCAGAACUCCUUGCGCAGAUACAAGAGGCACAUGCAUUCGAUGCUGAAAAGUAUGUUGACGGCAUCCUGGAGAAGCUUCGAAAUAGACCAAAACCAGAAACACCGGAGGAACGGAGAGAGCGGUUCAUGGACCUUAUGCGGAAGUACAGAAGCAACGUAGAAUGGAUCAAGCCCAAGUUUGAUUAGUGUUUGGAGCGAAACAUAAACAUUGCUGUACUAGGCAUACAUACACUUGCUGUAGGCUAGAUGGAAAAGAAAAAGAAAUAAUUAACACUGAAAACCA